AUGCUUGAAGGAGUUUGCAAGCUUAGCAAGUCGUUGUUUACAUACCCAACCAAAACAGCGACCUACCAUGGCAGAGGAAAAGUUGACAUGGUGUCGGAUAGUGCAGUAGGAAGGAAAUCUGUGAUUCAAAAUGAGGUAGUAGGAAAAAAAUCUCCUACACCUGAUCAUGCAGAAAGCAGAAAAUCUAUGAUGCUGGAUGGUGAAGUAGCAGGAACAUAUGAGAUGCCCGAUGGAACAGUAAGAAGAAGAUCUGAUUUCAGUGGUCUGAAUGUUCAGCUAUCUAAUCAUCGAAGUGUAAGACAUUUUACAUACACUGAAGUGGUACGUGCAACAAAUAAUUUCGAACACACGGAGCAUUCCUCAAGUUUAAAUGAACUCAUUUACAAAGGCUGGGUUGAUAAAAGAACAUAUGCACCAACAAAAUAUGGGGUUGGUUUGGCGAUUUAUGUUAGGAAGAAAUAUAUUGAAACGUGGAAGCUCGAACUUGAACUAGAAGAUUUCAAUCAUCCAAACCUUGUCAAACUCUUGGGAUAUUGCUCUCACUGGGGAGAAUUUUAUUGCUUGUACGAGCUUAUUCGUGACACUACAAGUUUAGAUAAGUAUCUUUUCAUAGAGCCAGGUAGCACAUCACUUCCUUGGGUUUUAAGACUGAAAAUAGCAGUAGGAGCAGCUAAAGGCCUGGCUUUCUUACAUCGAAGGAAACAUCCAGCAUAUAGCCAAUUUAAAACGAAUCAUAUAUUGGUGGAUAUGGAUUUUAAUGCUCGACUAUCGGAUUUUGAAGUGGAAAAUUUAUACGCCACAAAAGAGCGGUUUGGUUAUGUACUUGAUGGAUUGGCUGGUAUUUUCAGUUCACUAGCUGAAGAUGGUACUGGAGUGAAGAGUGAGAUCUCUUCUUUUGGAGUGGUACUACUCGAAAUACUAACUGGGAUGAAGUUGUAUGAUGAGAAGAGUCCCUCAGGAAAGCAAAAUUUGGUGGAAUGGGCUACUAUAUUUCUAGCAAAUGAGUUUAAAUUGGGAUUGAUUAUGGACCCACAACUUCUACAUAAUGGUUAUCCUCCAAAAGGAGCAUUCAAGUUGGCUCAACUUGUUUUAAAUUGUCUUCAAUCUACACAAACCGGAUGUCUUUCAAUGAAAGAAAUCGUGCAGGUCUUGUGCGGGUGCUAUGAAGAAGAAAUCAGAUCAGUGUGUAGUCAAACAUUAUAGUGUUUUUUUGGCAUAAAUAGAUGUAAAAAAAGUAAGCUAUAUCUUCUUGGAAGUUGUAGAAGUGUGAAGACUUGAUCAGCUCUCACUAUUUCAACUGCCUUACACUAUUCCAUUCAAAUCCUGGGCAGGCUUCACCAAACGGACACAUUAAUACUAUUUGAUUGGCCAAUCAUCUUAAGAGAUUAGGAUGAUUCCCUAAGAUAUAGGAGUCAUAAAUAUCACAUAUACCUUCAUCUCUUUCACUCGACUCUUGUCCACAAUUAUAUCUUUGUGUUCAUUAGCUAUUUUUCAUUUAUAGGUAGACUGUGCUUCUGUGAAACUCCAGAUAGGAAGUUUGGUAGGUUUAAGCCCUUCAAGUCUUCAACAAAUGAUAGAAUAUUUCACAUUGGGUAAUAAUGCAAAACGAAAACAAAGACACAAUCAAUUUACGUAUGUUGUUCACAGGAUCAAGAAUACCGGUUAUGCCAAUGGCUAACACAGGAGAAAGAUUUUAUUAUUUUGUCGAAUGGCUUUCUAAUAAUACAUUAGGUUACAUGAAUUCAUUGGAUAUAAACAGGGUAAAUGGCAGAAAAGUCAUUAACUUUUCACAUUUUUCGAUUUUGGCAACACAUUUUUUCUGUUACAAUUAAGGCACUGUGUUUUCAACUUGUUGCAAUUUUGACUUAUUGACCGGUUUACUUUAGGUCAUUCGGUUGCCACUGCUGACGUGAUAUGAUGACGUGUCGGAAGCAAAAAAAAGUGGCGCAAAAGAUACCAUGUUUUCAUUUUUUUUCUUUUUUGCAAUUUGACACUAAGUUUUCAAUAUUUUCCAUUUUUGAC